GAACCUUGUGGAAUCCAGGUUUUCCACUGCCUCAAUCAUGAAGGAACUGGGGGAAGGACACUGCUUGUGGAUGGGUUCUACGCCGCUGAAAAAGUUCGCCAGCAGUCUCCUGAAAACUUUGAGCUGCUUACCAAAGUGCCUAUCAGACACGAGUACAUUGAAAAGUCUGAAAACCACCGCAACCACAUGACAGGCAUCGGCCCUGUACUCAACGUCUAUCCUUGGAACGAUCAAAUGUACCUGAUUCGAUACAACAACUAUGACCGAUCAGUGAUAAACAUAGUGCCCCACGACCUUGUUCGACGAUGGUACGUGGCACAUCGAGAGCUGACAAAUGAACUGAGGAGACCAGAGAAUGAGCUGUGGGUGAAACUGACUCCGGGAAAAGUGAUUUUCAUUGACAACUGGCGGGUCCUGCAUGGGAGGGACUCUUUCACCGGCCUGAGGCAGCUGUGCGGAUGCUACCUGACCAGAGAUGAUGUCCUGAGUUCUGCACGCGUCUUCGGUCUGCAGGCCUGAUCCUUGACAUCAAGACCUCUUCACCGCUGUGCCUUAUCAGUUAGCCUAUACAAGUUAGAGUAAAGAUGAUCCAGGUCCUUUCUGAGAGAGAGAGAUGGAGAAACGCGAUUCAAGCCGAAUCAUCAAGUCAGUUGCUACAAAGUUGACCUCAACCCAACUUUGUAACAACCUUCAGGAUAGGCGAUUAAUUUACCUAAUUUACCUGGCUAUCAAUUGCCUGUUUUGAUGGUUGGUACUCCAAGGUGAAUGUAUGUUUUAUUGUUUAAUACAACUUAACUGAUUUCUGAUUAGUCUACCCUCUAUCAAUUAAGGUAUUACAACUAUAGGUUGAGGUAGUUUUUACAUUUCCACUGAGAGCCUUCUGAAUCCAGUCACAGUCCUGCUGCAUGUUUUAGGCAGUACUCACCCUUGUUUGUUAUUUUUGCAAUAAAUGUUUGAUUGUU